AUGACCACUUAUCUUUUGGAAGCAAAACCAGAAAAAUGGGCUCGGCCAUUCUUUCCAACGAAAAGGUAUAACAUUCUUACAAGUAACAUUGCUGAAUCUAUAAAUGCAGCAAUUGUGCAUGCGAGAGAAUUGCCUAUAACGUCGUUAAUAGAAGUUAUAAGAGAGAUGCUUCAAAGAUGGUUUUCAACAAGAAAAGAAGCAGCAAUCAACCAAUUCAUUGAAGUGACAAAAUGGGCAAAUGAUGAAAUGGAGAUCAAACUUGAUGUGGCAUUUCGAAUGAAGGUAGAUGCAAUUGAUGCAAUGAAAUCUAGUGUCACAUAUGGUGAUCGAGUGUUUGUUGUCGACUUGGAACAACAUAUGUGCACAUGUAAUGAAUUUCAACUAGAGGGAAUUCCAUGUGCACAUGCUAUUGCAACAAUUGAAAGCAAGUACUUGGACAAGUACAAAUUUUGCUCAAAUUGGUAUAAAAAUUAUGUUUUGAAAGAGACAUAUGCAGGAUCAAUUAAUCCUCUUCCAGAUAAAGUUGAUUGGAGUGUCCCAGAUGAAAUUAUAGGAGAUAGCAUGAAAGCUACAAAAUUCAAAGUAAAACAAGGACGUCCCAAGGAAAAAGAAUUCCAUCAACAGGAGAAUUUUCCAAGCAUGUUCGAACAGUCAAGUGUGGAAAUUGCGGAAUAUUGGGACAUAAUAGAAAGAAUUUCUAAAGACUAUAAAGAUGCAAUGUUAUACAUAUUUGUUGCGUUGUGGACUUGUGGAUAA